GGUGAGAGAGGAAAAAACAUGGAAGAGAGGAAAAAACAUUGAAGAGAGAGGAGUGCGCGAAGAAGAGAGAAUUUCGUAAGGAAACGGUUUCUUCUGCUUAAAUGGUGAAUCCGCCAUUUCAUUUGGUCGCCAUAAGCGUUUCUUGCUGUUCUUGGUUGCAAAUUCAGGUUACAGGAACCCGCAUUUGCAUCCGUUGAAUUUUCCUCUGUUGGCGACCCACGAAACUCUCCCGCCAUUGAACACUCUUUUGGUAAGCAUAUGAAUACUUUCGAAUUCGACUUUUGAUUCCUCUUAUCUUUCCCUCUCUCCCUCUCUCUCUCCAUUCGAUUCGAACUGUGUCCGAGGAACUGUUGAUCGGUCUUUUAUUGCGAUUUACUCUUGGAGAUUUCCGAGCUGAUUGAUGAAUUCAGCGGAGCUUUCCACCACUCAAAGGAUGAGUUCUCCACGACGUCCACUACACACCUGUAGCGUUUCUUUUCUGGCCAUAGCCCACGGCAUCUUCUCAAGAGCCCAGAAUCUUGAUGGAUGGUUGGGCUCGACAACAAGAAGAAUGGUCCAAAUAACCAAGCUUGUGAAGCCUUUGAUUCUUGUCCUGCAAUAUCAGUGGUCAUUAUUCCUCUCCUUCAUUGAUGAUCGUCUAUUGGCAAUUUCGAACUUUGUGGAGAAGAUUUUUCCUCCUUCCAGACUCGUUUUUGAUAAGAUCGACGACCUUCUUCAUAUGGUUGAAACUUUUCCUGGAAAAUUUGCUGAUGCUGUUGACAAGGUACCCUGCUUCAACCAGGUUCUGUUCCUAGAGUGGGCAGUGACCCACGCCAUAUCUUUGCUGGAGUUCAUGAUAACCAUUUUAAUGAACUUGGGGAGAGAUGGUACUAGAGAGAAGGAAAUUCUGGUUGAUAUGAACUACAAUAAGGGUCGUAAUGGAUCCGAAUCAGCAGCUAGAUCCGAAGGAACCAUCUCGUGUGUUUCUGAAACACAACAAGGUGCCAUGAACGGCAGUAGUAAAGAAGUUCAGAAAAUGGGAAGGGAAGGGAAGGAAGAUGAUUGCAAAGGCACUUACAACAGAGCCAUGGAAGGUAAAGAAGAAUUUGGAAACAAGGAGAAGGGCAGUACCAAAAAAGUGGAAGGCAGCGAGAGUGGGGAAGCAGAAGGAAAUGAAGGGAUGAAGAGUAAAAAAGAAGGGGUAAAGGACUGUGAAUAUGAAGAAGAAGAAGAGGGAAGCAAUGGAAGCAUACAAAAGGAGGAUGAUAUCUUGGAAUUGUUCGAGACAAGUUGGCUGAUGAAACCAACAGGAAAGCCGAAAGGAAACUUGAUGCCACGUUCAGCUUCAUUUCUUUGAACAUAUCACAACAAUCUGACCUUUUUUGCAGAACUGGGAUUUGUAAGUGUAUCAUCUUUUGUGUAUAUGCUGUAUAUAUGAAAUUGUUUGUGGGGUCUGUAUAUUUUUUAUUUUAUUUUUUAAACACAAGUUUUGAAAGAACUUGAAUCUUGAUUGAUACAUAAUUAAGUUAUUUUGUUUGUUAU